GUGCACUUACCUUAACAAUACAGAUGUAGCAGAUGGUUGUGCUUUCCCAUCCAUUCCUUGGUCCUCUUGAUCAAUUCCUCCGGCAGUUAAAGCGUGCGGUUUUAUUUUACCCCCUAUUAGGUCUCAGGAGGUGUAGCAACAGGCACCCAGCCUCUUGCAUUGCAAGUUUCUGUUGACCUACUAACAUAAAUUCUGCUACAGAUUAACAGUCGUUUAUCAUUUAUAUCUGGCUGAGACAGAAGGUGCAAAGUACUUCACAGCAUGCCCAUUAUUUAAAUAUGAAUAUUUGAAUGCAGCUGCCACAGAGUGGAGCAUAAUUACAGCCUGGAAAGAUUGUUGUUAAACAGGAGCAGAAAUCCCCUAAGUGGGGAAAAGAUUGUUUUCUUGUUCUCCCCCCCCCCCAAAAAAAAAAGUUGAACAGGCACAGCAUUAAUAUUAUCUCAAAUGCUUUCAUUCUUUCAGGCCUUCUCAGACGUAGUGCUAAAUCACAAACUGAAAUGACCCACGUUGCUCCAAAUCUAUUUAUGCGAUCUCAGCCUCGCCUGCUGUUGCCAGCUCUUUCAGCCUUAUGGAAUCAAAGACAAAACAGAAACUUUUUACUGCAUUUUAGAUAUACAUCUGAUGUUGCUGCCGGAGAGAACAAGGCCACUGUACAAAGCCUCUAUGAGCUAUCUGUGGAUAUCAGGAAGAUCCGUAGGCUAAAGCCAUGGGUGCUCUCAAAAGAGGUGACGCACGUCAAGGAAACAGCUAAGAUUUUGCAAGAAAUGGGAGCCGACAAGAGUUCUGUGGCAUAUAUUUUUGAACGUUGUCCUGAGGCAAUUCUUUGUAGCCCUACAGAUAUCCAUUAUCAGAGAGAAUUGUGGUUAUCAGUCUGCCAAAAUGAAAAACAACUAGUUGAAUUAAUAAAACGGUUCCCAGACUCCUUUUUUACAGUUAAAAACUAUGAAAACCAGAAAGCCAAUGUUAGGUUCUUCAAAGAUCUGGGACUGAAAAAUGCGGUUAUCAGCCGGCUCCUAACAAGUGCAUCAAAUAUUUUUUAUAAUCCUGUUGCAAAGAACAAGCAUAUGAUAGAAACCCUACAAAGUAAUUAUAUAAGGCUAGGAGGUUCACAGGAGAAUAUGAAGAACUGGAUGAUGAAAUUACUGAGUCAAAACCCAUUUAUUUUGUUAAAUUCUUCGGCUGCUGUUGAAGAAAAUUUGGGUUUUUUUCAGAAGAACAAAUUCACUGACUUUGAAGUUUUGAGUCUGCUAUCCAAGCUGAAGGGCUUUGUUUUUCAACUUAACCCUAGUAGCAUGCAGAAUAGCCUGCUGUUCUCCAAGAACAUCUUCAAAUGCAGUGAUCAAGAGUUAAAAGAGCUAAUAAUAAAAUGCCCUGCCCUUCUCUACUACUCAGUUCCAGUUCUGGAAGAAAGACUGGAGGGGCUAUUGAAGGUGGGAAUUUCUGUGGACCAAAUUAAACAAACACCUGCAGUGUUAGAACUGUCAGCAGAAAUAGUGCAAUAUAGGAUUAAAAAACUAGAUGCCAUAGGAUACAGUCUAAAAGGCAGAACUCUAGAAUACCUAAAUGGGACAAAAAAGGAUUUUGAAGUUACUUACGGAAAGAUACAAGAAAAAAAGGAGAGGCCAAUAUUUAAUCCAGUUGCUCCUUUAAACAUUGAAGAUUAAUUUCUGGAAUGUAUUUAAGAAUGCCACAUGGGAGUUUGAGAUGAAAGAGGUUGGGUGACUUUUUAUACUUGGAGAACACUGAAUGUAAUUGAUACUCAAAAUGGAUUUUUAUUCACACCCUACUUCUUUCAGUUUAAAUGAAUUUUUUUAAACAUGGAACUCAAUGAGUAAUGGGAUUGCAAGUUUCUCCACCAAAUUGGACACCAUCUUAUCAGAAACUUAACUUGAAGAUGCUGCUGUUAACAGUGUUGCUGAUACUGGGUGCAAUAUACUAACCAAAAGAAAGAUAAACCCACCAGGUCAUUCUGUACCAGUUUUCAGUAAGUUGACAAAUAAAAGCUUUCAAAACAAUGUCUUAAGGAAAUAGCCCUGUAGUGUCACAGUUGCAUAAUUUUAACACCCUAUUAUUAGGAUUGCCACACUCCUUAAGAGUGCUGGGAGUCUUGGAUUCUAAGCACCCCUCUUCCUAUCCAUCAACCAGCCUGGGUUUUCACUUUUUUGAAAGCUUUAUACCUAAGCACACAAAAUAAGCAGGCACUCAGUACCAGAGAGAACUAAGUAAGCUUGGAUCAGUGAGGAUGCUUUUAAAAUCAGCCACAUCAAUUCUGAACGUUACAUUUCUUUUAUCCCCAGUAGGACUAAGCAUAUGUAACCAGACAAUACUGUGAUCACAAUACCUCAUUUACAGUUUAAGACCCUCAGUGGAGGGUUGCCACCUUGAAUGGCAAUUAAUUUCUACAGCAUUUUAAGUCUAAAUAUUUCUCUGUUCUAUCUCUUUGUUUCAGUCUGGCUACUCAUUCUAAAAAUAAUAUCCACAUACAAACCAAUUAAAAGUCAAACAUCUGGAAGACACUCAGAAUUUUUUUUACAAAGAUCCUUAACAAAAAGGAACUGGAUGUUUCUGCUUUAAUAAAUGCUUUUAGGAGUCUUUGUUAGAGAGUGGUUGAACAGCAUGGAGCAGUAAACUGAAAUUUUCCAAUAUCUGCAAUCAUGCUAGUCAAGGUAUCCCAGAUGAAGAGCUCCUUUUAAGCUCUCAUAUAGCCAUGGCCUUCUUACAGUCUUUUGCUGUCUUAAUUCAGCUCCUCGAAAAACACUUAUUCAGAGAGUAGCGGUGAUAAAAUCAUUAUGUUGGGAUGGUUUGGUGUAUCACAUUCUGGGUUUGAAGAAUUCUGUUCUCUCACCCUUUACAAAAGUUUGAUGUAUAGAAAUAUUUUAAGUAAAAUAUUAUGAAGCUGGCUUACCAUUGUUCCAGCAUUGUCUUCUCUGACUGGCAACAGCUCCCCCCAUGGUCUUGAGUACAGAUGUUUCCCAGCCUUGCUACAUAAUUUAUUUUUUUAACGAGAGAAAUCAGGGUUAAACCUGCAGGCAGAGCAUGAGUUCUACCACUUAAGCUACUGUCCUUUCCCUUGGCAACUGAAAUACAGAUGGCAACAGCCGGGUCAUUUAUAUCAGACUGUUUAAUGCACAAAAUUCUAGAAACUAGAAUAAGUGAUUUUUGACAAACAAUGGCUUUUGGCUGUCAGCAAAACAAAACAAAAAUGAAAAACAUGAAUCCACUGUUUAGAAUUAGAAUCAAUGAAGCGCAGGUGCUUAGCUUUUUCUUGAUUUUAACACAUACAUUUUAGGAAAUGCAGCAUACGGAAUAGUCAUGUGUACUUCAGCCAUCUUUAUACUACCAAAAACACUACAAAGUCAACAAGAACAUGCUGAAGAGUUUCCAAAUGAAAUUUGCAGGGCAUGAACCCCAUUAACCCGCAUUACAGUCCACUAAUUUGAAGGCUACUUUGGAGUUAAUAGAUUAUGAAUUAGGAGCAAGAGAGCAAAUGAUAAAUCUACAUGUUGCUCAGGAAACCUUGAAAAUGUAUGUGUUAAAUUAAUUUCACCUAGUUAUUUUUAAUCACUUGGAUUUUAUCAUUGCCAGUCUUCGGUGCUAUUUUGUCGUCGUCCCGCCCCCCCCCCCCCCAUUUUCAGCAAAACUACCUACUGAGCUGCCAAUUCUAGGAAGGUCUGUGUUUUCAUAGUGAAAAUGGUAUUGUCUAACCCAUCAACCUGCACAGACUCUACUCAUUUUCAUCUGCAACACUGAAACAAAUGAUGCAUAGCAGCAGCUGUUGUUGAAUUCAUGGCAGUGUUCAAGAAGCGGGUUUUAGAAUCAUUUGUAUUGUUGGACUAGAAGCCACAAAAAGUGUUUUUAUUCUAAGCUAGAAGUUAUCCAGUAAUGUAUGGACUGUAAACUUGGACAUACACUUCAGUUUAAACAAACUAACAGCACAAAGGAGUUUUCAUUUUGAGGUGGGGGUUUGGAAACCAGCAAGUUACACCUGAGAUUUAGCAGUCAUCUCUUCAGUCAGUAUGAACAGUGUUAAAAAAGUAAAGCUUCUUUCACAGACUGCAUUGAAAUGAGGGAAAUUACAAAAUCCUUCCAGUCACUAAGAAAAAAUAGAUUGUUUUUCACCGUAAGGCAUGAAUGAUUAGAUUGGUAUACCACACAACUACAUAUAUAUAGAGGCGCACGCACACACAUGCACACACAGAGUGAAUGCAGUGACCAUUCAGAGUUUAUAGUGUGUAUAAAAAUAGUUUCAAAAAGCAAAGAUAUAUGAAGACCCUUUAAGCAGUUCAAUGAUUCUUUAUAAAAAAAAAAUACAGACGCCAUAGGCUUGCAGCUAGAACAUCAAUAUAUUUAUGGUACUGUAGAAGUUACCAACUGAGGACAUGAUCUAGCCAAUAUUUAAAGCACUUUAAUGUUCAACUGAUACUAAAGGGGCAGGUAAGCACAGGCUUUAGCCCCUCCCAUUGGACCAACAGGACUUCAAAGUGCUUCACCUUUUGCUAGGUCAUUCCCUCCAUUUUUAUUUUCACAUUUUUAGUUCAAGACUGCAAAAAAAAAUCUACAGUGAAUUAAUAUUCAUAUGUGAGCUACCCUUUCAGAUCCAUGUACUUGAUUCCAUGUUCAUCAAGUGUAACAUUUCACAGAUGAGUGCUUGAAGAAAUCUAUCGUUUUAAAUGAAAUUCCAGACACGGGGGUAUCACACGGCUCUUGUCCCUUUCAGGUGAAAGUCAUUCACACAGCUCUUUAUAGGAGUCUUAAGACCUGUGGCUUUGUAGCAGUCCAUUUCUGCAGAUUCCACAACCACAGAAGCAACUUCCUGGGCCUCAGUUUCUCUCUCUUUUAGUCAGACUUAUCCUUCUUCUUCCCUGUUAAAGGCACUUUGCUUGUGAUAGCAGAUCCUACAGCUGUAACACCUCCUGUCACAGCAGAAACACUUCCUUUUACCAAUCCUACUCCCAUGGAAGGCACGGCUGUUACUGCUGUUUUGGUCAUUUCUAGGCUUUUCCCUCCUAUCCAUGCUACACCACCAAUUGUGGCACCAACAGCUCCCUUUGUUAUGCUGAAGAGGCCACCAGUCACACGAGAAAGCAUGCCGGGCUGCUGCUGUGGAUGAUCUUUUAAUGAAUCUGAGAAGGAGAGAGAUAGUAAAAUGUUCAAAUCAUAUUUUAAUGUUUUUAAGACAAACAAUUGCAGAUCCUUCUAACAUGACAUAUACCACAUGGACUAAAGCCAUUGCAAGUUUUUUUUUGAAAGGAUAACAUUUUCAAAAAAGAUAUUAAAAUAUUUUGCGUAAUUGUUAAACUUACACCACUUUUUCCUUUAUCAAGCUGUUGUCUCUUUAGUUCAGUCUUGUAAAUAAACUGGAGCAGUGCUUAUUUGGGGGGGGGGGGAAUAACACAAAUUUCCAGAGUCUCAGAACCUUUCAGGAGCACAUGGAAGAUUCUGUCUAACCCAAACCUACUUUUACAAAUGGCCUCGUCCUUGAUUUCCUCUCUAAGGAAUCCUGCAACCUUUGGUUAUGAUUUGCUUGCAUAUUGUGUAUGCUUUGGGAAGAACUAGGGUUUAACCAUUUUCAUAAUUCUCUUUGGAAAAGAAAGGUUUUGACCUGCCUUUCAAAAUAUGGUAAGGAAGGAACAUUCCCUCAGAUAAUCAGGAGCCAGGAUGUUUCCUCAUUUUUAAUGCCUCAAUGUCAUUUCCAGGCUUCCAGAUGUGCAUGCCAGUUCCCCACUGGGAAGUAGUGCAUAUAAAACAGGGAUGGCCAAACAUGGCCCUCUAGCUGUUUUGUGACUACAACUCCCAUCACCCCCUAGCUAACAGGACCAGUGGUCAGGGUUGAUGGGAAUUGUAGUCCCAAAACAGCUAGAGGGCCACAUUUGACCUUAAAAGAUCUACUCUGUGUAUGGUUAAUGUUGGAUACACCCCCUAAGCACCAAACUCUGCAUUCCAUGUUAGAAAAGAAUAGGCUAGAAUCCUGUACACACUUACUUGGGAGUAAAUUCCACUGAACUCAAUGGGACUUGCUUCUGAAUAGCUCUGAAUUAACACCAUUUUUUUCUUGUUUUACCAGACUUAAACAGGUUCAGAGCAAUUGAAUAAUAGGGUGCUUCCAGACAUAACAUUUUGUAGAUUACUGGCUCUCCAGAGCACCCACAAGUCUCACUUCUACUGUCAGCUCCCAUGCUGAUAGCUGCUUGUCCGUGUAGUACAGAGAACACAGCUGCCAUCAUGCCAACACAAUGACGGUAAGCUCUAAAAUAAUCACUAAGAAAUGAGAGAUACUUCUUUCCACACCCUUGUUAGAUGAUGAUGAUGAUGAUGAUAGGCAUUACUCAACUGUUGCUACUGAGAGUGACUCAAGUCAAAGUAUGUUCAGAAACUGCACAGUCCACUAUUAACAACCACUUAAACCUGAUUGUGUAUCUAAGUACUGCAGAGGAGACAGGAGAAAGCCUAACAGUGGUUGACAGAUCAGUGAGGUGGUCACUCAUUUCAGAAGCCUGUGAAUUUCAGUUUUUAUAAGAUUAGCUCUCUAUGUGAAAAGUGUCAUAAGUUAUCUGAAUUUCUGAACCACAUGCUAUGAAGCACACAAGUCCAUGAAAUAAAAUGGAAUUGACCACUGUGAAACUCAUGCCUAUUGGAUAAGACAAACUAUGCAAGAAAUAAGUUCCUAAAUUUCAUUUAAACCAAUAAGCUGGUAAUAGCAAGACAUACGCAGCCUAAAAUAGAAAUUCAGGAACAUAAGCGAAACCAAUAGGCCAAGGUAUGCAAGAAAUAAAACAGGAUUUAUUGGCAUAUAAGCAUGUACAGCUUCUGUGCUGUCCUAUACGCUAACAGCAACUCAUUCUCUGAAUGUGGAUCCUUAUGCAGCCAAAACAACACCAUCCAUACAUAGCAGGGAGAAAUCAGCAGUGUUUUGGGAAACAAAGGUUUGCAGAAUUUACCAAAAAGCAUAUGCCGGGGAAGAUAAGAUGCUAAGAGUUGGACCUGGUUGUUAAAAACCCAAUGCCUCCUCAGCUGUGAAGCACACUGUGGAGGCAUGGGCAAACACAAUUUUAAACUAAUCAAAAAAAAAAUUUUUUUUUUUGUGAUUUUCUAUGCAGAGUCAGCUAUAGUCUUGAAAUUGAAAUACAGUGGUACCUCGGGUUACAUACACUUCAGGUUACAGACUCCGCUAACCCAGAAAUAGUACCUCGGGUUAAGAACUUUGCUUCAGGAUGAGAACAGAAAUCGUGCUCCGGUGGCGCGGCAGCAGCGGGAGGCCCCAUUAGCUAAAGUGGUGCUUCAGGUUAAGAACAGUUUCAGGUUAAGUAGGGACCUCCGGAACGAAUUAAGUACUUAACCCGAGGUACCACUGUAAGUUCAUAAGAGGGAAACUUAUUCACAAUUUAGUAAAUAACUGAUUAAUAAUGAAUAGAUGGACUACAUUUCAGCCCCCACAUUGCAUCGCUCGGCUCCUCAGCACUAAGAGCAAUCAUUUUCUAAAGUAGGCUUGAUGAAAUCCUUCAAGCACUGUAACGUACGAAUAUUUCUUCUUCCUUUUUACAAGUUCACUCAGAAGUAAGUCUCACUGGAUUCAAUGGCACUUACACCCGGGAACACAGGGACAAACAGGUUUGUAGCCGAAACCUUAAAGCUGACAGAACCAUGGUAAACUUGUUAUUGAAAUUUACCUUCUGGUGGCUCCUCAUUAAGAUAUGCAGGAACAUCUUGUUCAUUUCUGUCUGUUUGGUUCAUUAUUGCCUGUGGGAGAAAAACAACAACCCAGUUCUCAUUUGCAAUAUAGGCACAAGUCAAUCUUUCCCUCAUCUCCCUUUAAAAUAGGAAAGAUCAUGUACAGCCUAAUCCUAAUACUUGCUACAACAGCCAGUUGGGUUGCACCAACUGCCAUGCCAAUCCAAUAUAAUGACAUUAUAUGAGUGCUACAAUCCGAUGUUCCAAGAGCCAGCAAUGGCAGUUUUCACAUUGUGCUAAGUUAAGCACAAACCUGCCAAUCCAGCUUGCAUUGGUUUAAAAAACAUCACUGAAUGGAAUAAAGAAUAAUACAUGAUAUACUGAAUCAGUAUAAAAAAAGCUACCACGGGCAGCCAUUCAAAGAGCACAAAACUGCAAGAAUAGCUCCAUACUUGAGGAACAGGCAACUUUGUCUCACUUUCUAACAACAGUACUUUACUGUCAAGAAUUAUACAGUGGUGCCUCGCAAGACGAAAUUAAUCCGUUCCGCAAGUAUCUUCGUCUAGCGGUUUUUUCGUCUUGCGAAGCAACCCUAUUAGCGGCUUAGCGGAUUAGCGCUAUUAGCGGUUUAGCGGCUUAGCGGCUAAAAGGCUAUUAGCGGCUUAGUGGCUUAGAAAAAGGGGGGGAAAGCGGAAAAAAAUCUCAAGACUCGCAAGACAUUUUCAUCUUGUGAAGCAAGCCCAUAGGGAAAAUCAUCCUGCGAAGCACACUGAAAAACGGAAAACCCUUUCGUCUAGCGGGUUUUCCGUCUUGCGAGGCAUUCGUCUUGCGGGGCACCACUGUACUGCACAAAUUAUACUUCACAAAUUGAAGAGUCAGCCUUCCUUACUACAGAUUUAGGCAAUACAGUAGUACCUCAGGUUACAGAUGCUUCAGGUUACAGACCCCACUAACCCAGAAAUAGUACCUCGGGUUAAGAACUUUGCUUCAGGAUGAGAACAGAAAUCGCACAGAGGCGGCACAGCAGCAGUGGGAGGCCCCAUUAGCUAAAGUGGUGCUUCAGGUUAAGAACAGUUUCAGGUUAAGAACGGACCUCCAGAACGAAAUAAUAUCUUAACCCGAGGUACCACUGUAUUCAUUCAGACAAGUCUAUCUCAAACCCAGAUAUUGGCACCCUAUUCAAGAUCUCCUGUUCAGCAAGCUGGUUUUUUUAGUUCACAGAGAAAGGUUCUACCAUACAUGAAUCAUCUCCCAUCAGUUGCUUCAGGCAUCUUGUAAUGAUAAAACUUUUUUGCUUAGUCUUUCCCUGACCAAUAAUAUUGGGUCUUAACUAGAGUUUUGCAUUUAUGAUACUAUUUUACUGGGGUUUUUUGUGUAUUUUUGUUCACUUGGCGAUUAAAAAUUUUAAACGGUUUGGAAAUGCUUUUAAAUAAAUAAAUAAGUGUUUCCCUACGACUUAACAAAAAUGAUGUAAGAAUUAUGCUGAGAACAGGUUUCUCCUCAGCAAGAAAAUCCAGUGGGUAGCCACAUUGGCAGGGAUCCUCAAAUAUGGUUAUCGGGGCAACAAUCAAUUUGGUUUGAGCAGUCAAGAAUUGAAAACAUCUGGUAAACUCCACCCUAGAAAUGGCAAGCUUUCAAAACAAAACAAAAAACACCCCAGAACAAAACACAUUGGCAGCCACUGGAGGCAAAGUGCAUGUUUUCCAAAUAGGUAAUAGGCUGCCCUGUGCUUGAACAUAUCUUCAGGGUCAUGGGUUUGAGGGAAAGGGUUUCCUAUACACACAGCUCCUGCUACUCUUCCCCUGUAAAGUCCACUCAGAAGGCAGUGGGUACAAAAGGGACACAGGAGACAGUCUUGCUGGCAACCAAAUACAAUGAAUGUUACCAAGCCCAGCAAAAGUUAUGGACUCCUGGAUGCUAGCAGAACCUCACAGUUCUUAAUUCCAACCAUUUAUAUAGUUUUUCAAUAAACAGGGAAGAGUUGAGGUUGCAUGGAUAUUGAACAAUUAGAAAAUGCAAAAACAAAAGAAGUUUAUUUAGUGGCAUGCCAUUGUAGUAGAUUACAUUGCAACCCUUUAAAAAAUGCUGAACUAAUGAAUGAACUGACUUUUGGACUUUGAUGGGCUAUUAAUAUUAAAAUCACCAGGACAAGCUCAUUCUCAAGUGCAAAUAUUUAUCAACUGCUGAUGAAAUGAGAUCCUGUGAAUAUAUAACAUUCCUGCUCAGAUGUCUGCGCCAGAUGCAGAUUUGUUACCGGACCAAGUUGUUAACAGCUUAGUAGCAGUUUACUCAAAGGAUGACCUUACCCAAUACCUGCCCAUUCAACCACUCUGAUCUGUGGAAUAAUAUACAUUCUGCACUUGUAAGGAAAAAAUAUUUUGGCAUGGCAACUCCCAUACUCUGAAAUUUCCUUCCCACUGACAUUAGGCAGGUGCUGUAUUCCUUUCAGAACCUACUAAAAACCUUUUUGUUAGUUGAGCCUACCCAGACAUGUAUUUUAAUCUGUAAUUUUAACUUAUAAUGUAUAUUUUUAACUGAGGGUUUUAGUCAUAUUUUGAUUUUUUAACUUUGAUUUUUAUUGACAAUUUUAACAAAUAAAUAUUAUUAGAGGUUUUAUUUACAAUUACCGGUAAGUGGUAUAUAAAUUUUGUUGACUUUAAUUAAUUAAAAGGGACACAUUUUAAGUUAUCUAGUUUUUAAAUGGCUACUUGUUAUUUUAAUGUGAAACAUACAGUUAAAUGUGUGAGAGAGAGAUCAGAACUAUACCAUGAUGCUAAAUAUAUCUGCUAAGACAAGUUCUGCGGAAGUCAGUAGGUCUUAAUUCCAAUUAAGUAAGUUUAAAAUAAAGGUGUCAGACGCCUCCCCCUCAUACCAUACAAGGUUACCAGUCGGAAGCAUUUAAAAGGAAGGCAGCCAAGUAAUACCAUCUAACAGAGUUAGUUCAAUAAUGCCAUGCAGGACAUGUUGCCUUAUUAAUUUCCCAGUCCUUAAUUAGGGUCAAUGAGAUCAGAUACAGUUUUGCCAAGAGAUGUGGUAUUAACACUACUGUACUGGCCACAUUCUAGCCACAUAUCUCUUACAGUUUUAAUUGGAUAAAGCAUUAAUCUCUAUUUCCUGUCUUUAGAAUACAGUACAGUGGUACCUCGGGUUAAGUACUUAAUUCGUUCUGGAGGUCCGUUCUUAACCUGAAACUUCUUAACCUGAAGCACCACUUUAGCUAAUGGGGCCUCCCGCUGCUGCCGCGCCGCCAAAGCACGAUUUCAGUUCUCAUCCUGAAGCAAAGUUCUUAACCCGAGGUACUAUUUCUGGGUUAGCGGAGUCUGUAAUCUGAAGGGUAUGUAACCUGAAGCGUAUGUAAACCCGAGGUACCACUGUAGUAUUAAAAAGCUUCUUUGAAAGCUGCUAUUUUGGAAGUAGCACACAUUUUAGAAGUGUACAUAUUCAGUGCUGAAUAACAGGGUUUAUUAUUCUCAUCGUAUCUGUAAUUCACUUCCCAAAAUCAAUGACGAAUUUUUAUCAUUUAAGCAGAACUGAAUAUUCCGUUUUAGGCUUUUAGAAGAAAUGCAGUACAAAAAUAAUUAAAUUAGCAAAAUUAAGCCGCUAACACGUAGAUAAGUGUCAAGUACACUACGUUUGUUUAAGAAGCAUUAUGCAGCACUAGAAUUAAACAAGUAGUAUUAAAUAUAAAUAUUUUACACCACAUAUAAUGUACAUACCUAUUUAACGCCUUGCUGUGUAGCUUCAAGAUGACCAGCACAAGUUCUCUCCUUGUUUCCCCUUAUUAUUAAACAGCAGUCUACAAUUAUAAACACUGGUCAAAUAAACAGAAACAAAAACAGCAUGUAUCCAGUGAGAUUAAUAAUAUAAGAAAUUUCCAGAAGUAAAAGAAAGGUUGGUGUGUCCUUAUAAAAAAAAUGUCCAAGACAUUCUUUUUCAAGUGAGGCAACACUUCACUGGCUAAUCUUUAAAUCGUAUAUGUUUAACAAACAGGUAUCCAUAUCUUUGAGAACCACCCAAAGGAGGAAGACAAGAAUUUUAAUGGAUGAUACACAUAAAUAUGUGUGCCCUUGCUGUUAUUAUGCAACUUCAGAUUUCAACUGAAAUGACAGGUGCUAAACUGUAAAAAAAACACACACAAUUUUUUUUGUAGAUUGAUACUUAUUCUGGGGGUGCCAAAUGAAC